CUGCACAUAGAGUUUUAGAUAUUAAUAUCGACAAGAAGAAGAAAGAGAAGUGAUCUUUUUUUUUAAUUAUCAUUUGUGUAUUUUCAUUUUAAUGAAAUGGUUGAAGAACAAAAUUCUAUAAGCAAACUUAAGACUAAGACAUUUCGUCCAAAAUCAGUAUUACUUUGGACUGUUGCUGAUGUACAGAAGUGGUAUCGUAGACAUUGUAGCGAAUAUUUACAGUACAGUGAAUUGUUUUUGCAACAUGAAAUUACAGGACGAGCUUUGCUUCGGUUAAACGACAACUCAUUGCAGCGAAUUGGCAUACAAAAUAACCGUGAUAGAGAGACAAUUUGGCGUCAAAUUCUCAAACAACGUCUAAAGACAGACAGCAUGGAAAUUAGGGAUUUGGAAUUUAUGAACAUUUAUUAUGAACAAUAAUUAAAUUCAGUAAUUUUUUUUAACCAAAAUCUGAUUGAAAUAAAAUUCUUAAGAUUGUACUUUAUUUAUCAAUCUUAUUUCAAA